UAAGCUAUGUUUUUUUCUGCAUUUAAGCUUAAAAGAGCUUGUGUUUGUCAAGAGAAGAACCUCCGCUUGCCUUGGCCUUCUCCCAAAUACACUUCAAUGACAGGAGAACUGCAGUGGAAAAAUACUCCUAAGCCUCUCCUCAGAGGCUGUGGCUCCUGGGACACCCGGCCAAGAUGCAGAAGUCAGCGAAGUGUCAAACUGAGUUAACUUUGUGGUGCUCCAGACAUGUGCCUUGAAGGACACCAUGCACAGCACCACCUCAGUGACUCAUGCCCUGACUCUGCCAAUUCCUGGACCUCAUGGAAAGUGAGAGGAGGCAGUGUGAAGAGCUGCAUGAACAAAGUGCUGCAUGGUCAUUUGCACGUAACCAAGACAAAAAGAGAAAGAUACCAGCACCACAGCACACAUCCUCUGUAAAAGCAAGCAGUCCUUUUGUGAUUCUGACAUUAAAAGAUAGCAUCCAUUUCAGCCCUGUGCUGCUCUCUAAGGCAGCAAUGUCCCGCUCAUCCUCUUCAGCAUUGGAGAUGGAGAUCUUCCAGUACAUUGAUGCACAUCAAAGUGAUUUCAUCAAGGAUCUGAAGGAAUGGGUGGCUGUGGAAAGCGAUUCUGUUCAACCACAUCUGAGGAAAGAAGUAAUACGAAUGAUGGCAUUGGCAGCAGACAGACUGGCAGCACUGGGAGCCACUGUUCAUUUAGUAAACCUGGGGUCACAUCAGUUGCCUGAUGGCCAAGUCCUCCCACUGCCUUCUGUGAUUCUUGGGGAACUGGGGAAGGAUCCACAAAAUCCCACUGUAUGUUUCUAUGGUCAUGUGGAUGUGCAGCCUGCCAAGAAGGAAGAUGGCUGGAACAGUGACCCCUACACACUGACUGAAAUCGAUGGAAACCUCUAUGGGCGUGGAGCAACAGACAACAAGGGACCUGUCCUAGCUUGGAUAAAUGCAGUGGAAACAUUUAGAGCCUUAAAGUUAGCUAUGCCAGUGAACUUCAAGUUUGUAAUUGAAGGCAUGGAAGAAGCAGGAUCCUUGGGGCUAGAAAAGUUACUUGAAGAAGAAAACCAGAGCUUCUUCUCUGAUGUUGAUUAUAUUGUAAUUUCGGACAAUCUGUGGCUCAGCAACAAGAAGCCCGCCCUUACCUAUGGGAGUCGGGGAAAUGCCUGCUUCUUUGUGGAGGUUGAAUGUGGCAGCAAGGACCUUCACUCUGGAACUUUUGGAGGCAUCAUUCACGAGCCGCUGCUGGACCUGAUAGCACUGCUGGACAGCCUUGUGGAUUCCACAGGUCGUAUUCAGAUCCCUGGAAUCUAUGACAGUGUUGCUGCCCUGACAGAGGAGGAAAGGAAAUUAUAUGAAUCGAUUGAAUUUGAUCUAGAGGAACAUAGAAUUAAUUGUGGUGUGAAAAAAUUCCUCUACGGCACCAAGGAAGAAAUACUCCUACACCUGUGGCGUUACCCCUCUCUCUCUGUUCAUGGGAUUGAAGGAGCUUUCCAUGAACCAGGAAUUAAAACAGUCAUUCCAGCAAAAGUAAUUGGCAAAUUCUCAAUCCGUCAGGUCCCCCACAUGGACCUUUCGGUUGUGAAAAAACAGGUGGUGGAACACUUGGAGGGUGUCUUUUCCAAGAGGAACAGUCCAAACAAACUGAAAGUGUCUAUGCCUUUGGGUGCAAAGCCCUGGCUUGCUGAUGUUAAUGAUCUACUGUAUAAAGCAGCAAGAAGAGCAAUAAAAACUGUUUUUGGAGAAGAUCCAGAUUUCAUUCGUGAUGGCUCAACAGUUCCUAUUGCCAGAAUGUUUCAGACUAUAACACAGAAAAGUGUGAUGAUGCUUCCAAUUGGAGCAGCCGACGAUGGGGAGCAUUCCCAGAAUGAGAAAAUAAGCAGACACAACUAUAUUGAAGGAACCAAAUUGUUUGCAGCUUUUUUCCUGGAGAUAUCAAAGCUACAUCAGACCUUACAUGAAACUUCCCACCGAGAGACUAUCAACUGACAGACCAACAAAAUCAGCAAAGCACUUUCUUAAACUUUCUAACUUAUAUUAAACAUAUAAAUCACAUAUUCAGUGGCUGUGAAUUGGUGGGAAAAAAAAUAUAAAUGCCAUGCUAUUUCUUGGCAUACUAUUAAACUGCAUGCAUUUGUGAUAUGAUCAAUCAAGUGAUCUUAUCCCUAAUGCUAUAAAAUAGGGUUAGGGAUAAUUGAUUCUUGAUGAACAGAAUGUGAUACAUUUUCGUUUUAAACUUCAGGACAAAGGGAAUUUUUACCUCCAUUUUAUCAAAAUGACUUUAUUUCUGUUUUGUAGUAUCACUCUUCAUCCUGCCAACCAGUUUCUGAAUAUGAGCAAAUCACAACACUGUAGUUUCCUCCCAACAAUACGUAAAAUUUCACUUAUGUAAUUAGUUGAAGAAAGUUACACUAUCAAAUUAAUCUCUUCCCUGUCCUUCACAGAAGGCUUUAAAUAGGAAAUGCAAUGAAAUUAGCUUGUUGAGUUUGAUGUGAAGACUUGCCUAUUAAUAUCUAUUUCUGCGUAUAAUCACCAAGGUCAGUAGAACUGCAACAAUAAAUAAACAUUUUCAGCUCUGGAUUCUGCCUUCCAUCUCAUCCAAAUCUCCUCUUACCGUGCUGUGAGCAGUUUUAAGAAUCACUAAAUAAUGUUCCCUUCAUGUGACUUUCUUUCCAUACAAUAAAAAGAAGUUUUUGUAAA